UCCAACCUUCACACACCAUGUCUUCAUGGAGCUGGCACUUUUUGUGCACUUUGUGUCAUGCUGGAACAGUGUUUGGGUUUCUUAGUUCCAGUGAAGGGAAAUUGUAAUGCUACAGCGUAAAGGACGUUCUAUAUAGUUUCUAACUUUGUGGUAACAGUGUUGGGGAAGAAACACAUAUGGGUGUGAUGGUCAGGGGUGCACAUACUUUUGACCACAUAGUGUAGCAGGGCAAAAUGUCAUCUAUGGUUGUCUGUAGAGAUUGCAUUAAACUAGUGGAAUCAGGUGCGUUGGAAUGAAAGCCUGCAUGAUUGAAGACAUGGCCACUGCUUUAACGUAACAUAGGAACCAACUGUUAGAAGGAACAGAAUACCCGGAAGACAUUUAGCGAUGCACUCGCCUUCGGCACUUCCUGGGAAGAGUCCCCUUUUGUUUUGGGUCAGCUCGGGUUCAUGUUUUAGCUUAGCUAGCAGGGCUGUGCGAUUUCUCAGACACCCAACGAGACGGUUAUUGUUUUCUAACGAACACCAGAAGCGGAUUUACACAGCUGCGAGUGUUAUAAAAGAACGUUUUAUUAGCUAGUUGUUUAGCUAGCUAGGAUUAGCAUCACCAGGGAUGGGGAGGUAUUUAGAUAUUUACUCGGAUAUCUGAUUGAAUUAAUCCCUCGCGGAUUGAGUGUUUAUUUUCUGUUCUGUUUCACCGAGACUCGGCUGUCUGAACGGGAACCGGUCCUGAUCUUCCCAAUGGGCGAGGAGAAGCCGGAGACGCUGGAUUUCGUGAAGGACUUUCAGGAGUAUCUCAGCCAACAAACCCAACAUGUGAAUAUGAUCUCAGGCUCCGUCAGCGGUGUGAAAGACACUGAGGACGUCCCGACAGAUCUGGGACAUAAUGGCCUGGACCAUCCACCAGUGGACAUUUCUCUGGAGGAUGGGUCCAACAUGCUGGUGGACGGUUUCGAGAGGACGUACGACGGGAAGCUGAAGUGUCGUUACUGUAACUACGCCACCAGAGGAACGGCGCGGCUCAUAGAGCACAUCCGCAUCCACACAGGUGAAAAGCCUCACCGUUGUCAUCUUUGUCCUUUUGCCUCGGCCUAUGAGCGCCACCUGGAGGCCCACAUGCGCUCUCACACUGGCGAGAAACCGUAUAAAUGCGAGCUGUGUGCGUUCCGUUGCAGCGACCGUAGCAACCUCUCGCACCACCGCCGCCGACGCCACAAAAUCCUUCCCAUCAAGGGCACCCGCUCAGCCCCUCCUUCCCACCGCCGUACAAUCUCAGCGCUCUCCAAACGGGGCGGGGCUUUUGCGUACGGUCGCCGCAUCCUUGUCGACCUAGGCCUGCACAGGAAAAACGACACAGAUGACAGCGGUGGCGCUAACGACGAGAGUCGUGACCUGCACAGUCCUUACGUCAGCUUGGCCACGAAAGACGUAGAGAAAACGAACGAUUUGGAACACAACCCGCUCAAUCAGCUCUCCGCUUUGGCAGGGCAACUUUCCAGCCUCCCUUCGGAGACGCCGGCUUCCCCCGGCGCGGACUCCCUACCCGAAGAAAAACCCUCUUUUCUCAUACAACCUUCGGCCGCCAUUUCCAGCAACGUCUCCUGUCCCAUCGUGACGCUCACAUCGACGCCGGACAUUCGGGAUGCGGCCCACGGGGGGCAGUGCAGCGACCGGACGAGCACGCCAAGUAACAGCGGCACUAACAGUCAGCCAGGAACGCCGAACCCGAGCCACGAGCCGCAGCUGCUCCAGCACUGCCCCCACUGCCACAUCUACUUCCCCGAUAACGUCCUCUACACCAUUCACAUGGGUUGCCAUGGCUACGAAAACCCUUUCCAGUGUAACAUUUGCGGCCACAGGUGCAGGAACAGGUACGACUUUGCCUGCCACUUCGCCCGAGGACAGCACAAACAGUAAAUCUCUGGAACUCUGACGAGUCCGGGCGUUUUUCCGUUCAGCGUUACUGUAGGAUUUCGUAGUCAUGUACAGAUAUGGGAAAUGAGACACAUUCAGUGAAGGACAGACCGAUGACUCUCAUUCCAUUUAUGCUCAAAAAAUAACAAAAAACAAAACAUGGCAGCUGGUCAUGCCACUUCCGGGAUGAAGCAGCACGGUCCAAUCAGACGAUCGGAAACAGGAAGUGUGUGCUCAGAAUGUUUUCACGGGCCCGGUGUGGAUGGCAUGUCAGUUUUUCCACCAUGACUUCGUACGUAUUGACUGAAAUCGCUCACGUGAUCACGUACGUUACUGCAGAACGUCUCUUACUGAUGUACCCACCACUGGGUUUCACUUUAAAAUCCAUGUUUGGGUUUGAACUGCAGUCACGAAGUAUGCAGGAUUGUGUUUUGUAAAAAAACAAAAAAAACAAAACAAACCCUAAACACUUCACUAGAGGGCAGGACACGCACGGAGGAUCAGGAUGGGACCGGCUGGGGUACCACUUCCUGUUUUCUCCUCCACUCAUGAUGCUAGUAUGUAGGAUACCAAGAAGGAGCGCAGAUCAGAAUAGAAAAAAAACACAUGCUAAGUAAUUUAUAUCUCGUUUUUUUCUCCUAUUUUAUCCUGUUUGUAAGAAGUUCAAGAUGUGAAAUUUUUAUGUACUUUGUGUAGAUUUUUGUGGAUUUUUUUUAUCAGGCAGCUACUGAACACCCACGCCUCCCUGAUCUAGCUCACGACGUGAACUAUGAUUAUAAGUAUUGAAUAAGGCACGUGUUGAUAAUCAGUUAUCAUGUCAUACAGGGUGCAUGAUAUUGUUACGGAGCUUCUGAGGGUUGCAGAUGAUGGUAGUGAAGGACGGUAUGGUGAUGACAUCGUAUGCUGUGAUUGAAAAGUUGAGGUAUUUAUCGUGGUAUGAAAGUAAAUCGGCACACGGCUAGUAUUGUACGGACGAAUGAAGUUGUGUUCAGCUGUAAAACCCAAAAGUUUUUAUUUUUGUUAAAGCGACGGUUCAACAAAAUGUCCGCAAAUGUCCACGGUGUCUGCUUUUACCAAAGAUGUAGUUGAUCGUUUGCUGGGAAGUGGUGGCUCAGUGGUUACAGCACUUGGUUAUCGAUUAGAAUGUUGGGAGAUCAAACCCCAGCACCACUACGCUUCCAUUGUUGGUUCUCGAACAAGACCGUUCACUCUCAACUGCCCAGUUGUAUCCCUUCUCAAAUAUAAGGCACUUUGAUGUCUGAAGUUUAAAGUCGUUCUUUUUUGCACCGGCUCCAGCUAGCCAACAUAUAACAGAACCUUAUAGAUACCAGUUUAUCACGGUGCGCUAAAUGUACGUGUCUGAAUUAUCAAACCGUGGCGUCGCCUUCAUCUUCUUGCUGAUUGCUGAUGUGGUUUCUUCCAUUAGCUUGAGGGAUUUUCUGAAAGUCCUCCACCAGCCUCCUGUACUCUGUAUUCUGCAUGGUUUCCACUGUGGGUGCACCCUGCGUUGGAGUAGGCACCAGAGAAUUCUGCAAACUGGUGGUGCUCUGGAAGGCCGGAGAAGUGAGAUGAUGGUUCCCCAUGGUGAUUGCCAGCACUCCUGACAGACGCUACCACUUCUGUAGCCUCACAAAUGGCUGCCUAGAUGGUUCACAAUGCAUCUCCCCUGUCAGGAAAGCAGGAUACUGUUGAAAGUACUGGAGAAACCAAAGAGCACGAUCCUGACAGGCUUCUUAAUACACCAAAAAAAUCUACAACCAGUUCUUUUGUCUUGUAUUUGGUUUGCUGGAGGUGCUUUUCCUUACACCACAAGAGUACGUUGUACUCUGACUUGUCUCCAUCACUGGAGGAACCCCGGUGUUGCUCAGCACUGCCUCUGACACACACUUCUUGUGCCUCACAAAAUGUGGCCUGUUGGUGUGAUGGUUUGCAAUCCUGGAGACUGUAGGGACAUCAAGUUUGUUCCUCAGUCUGAGAGGCAGAAUGGUGUUGAAGACAAUAGAGGACUCUUAGACAAGGUCUCCUUAACAUACCAAAAAUCCAGGACCAGUUCUUUUAUCUUGCUGUUGAUGAGCUGCAGGUGCUUUUUCCUGCACCACAAGACCUCCACCAACCUUCUGUAAAUUGCUGCUUAUCACUGCACAAUUCUGUUGCCUCAAAAAUGGUGGUCUGAUGGUUUGCACUACAAGAUACUGUAGGGGCAUCAAAUUUGUUCCCCAGUUGGAGAGGCAGGAGGUGAUAUCAGAGAACAUGAUCCUAAUAAAUGGUUAACUUUUAUUAUAUAACGCACUUAUAUAGCACCUUUUAACCUUAGCGGCUCUACAAAGCACUUUACGCUGUUUCUCAUUCACACACACACUCGAACGCAAGGCGCUAGCCUGCCAUCGGGCGCAACUUCAGCGUCUUGCCCAAGGACAAUUUGGCAUGUGGGCCAGGGAUCAAUCCGCCAACCCUGUGAUUAGUGGACAACCCGCUCUACCACCUGAGCCACAGCCACCCAUAAUAGUGGCUCAUUAAGGCAUGUAGGUCAUUCUCCAUCUGUAACUGUAGAAGGUCAGUCAGUACAAGGUCCUCCACAAAGUCCUCACAAUCCACUACCACUUCCUUUGUCUUGCUUUUCCCUGCACCACAAGAUCUCCACCAGCCUCCUGUUCCCUGCACCCUGACUUGUCUUCAUUGGGGAUACACGCUACCAUGGAGGAUCCAUCAGAGAUCUUCUGCAAGUACAAAAUGGUAUUGUUCUGGAAGUCAGGAUGAUUGCCUGUCCUGCCUGCUGCCACCCUUAACACGUAGUUCUGGUGCUUCACAUACGGUGGCCAGUUGGUCAGAUAGUCUAUGAUCCAGGUCACUGAAGGGGUAUCGAGUUUGUUCCCCAGUCAGAGGUGGCAGAAAUCACAGAACAUAGUCCUGACAGUGGGUCUGUAGAGCGUGUAGAUCAGAUCAUUCUCCACACCCAUGUGGGCCAAACUGUACGAGGUCCUGAUGACCCAGGAACAAAGGUUCUGAGGACAAGCACCUCAAAGAUCUUCAUUCUUAAUUAAUUAAGUUAUUAAUCUUUUUGCAGUUAGUGGACAACUGCGAACACAGAGUCGUUGCGGACAACGUAGUCUGCGUGUUAGCUACAUUAUCCUGGACGCAAAUUUGUCAUCAAACAUGUCUUGGCUGAUCAUCUACAUCUUGAAAGGACACUGUGGACAUUUAAAUUUUUAAAUUUUUUAAACUAUUUUAUAUUUGCGACAGUCUGCUUAGGGGUUUAACCUUAGCUUGCAUUUAAUCUGUACUAGAUUUAGGUAAAUGGUGCCUGAAAUAAUUUCAUAUACCAUUUUGAUUUGACACAAUUUUUUUAGGUGGAGUGUGGCCUUCCUGCUGAUUCUGUAGAUUUAGAAGCAAUUAUGACAAGUCUUAAAAACCCAGAGGUUAAGUGAACAAUUAAUAGGUGUUUAUUAUUAUUAUUAACAAACAGCAUACUUUGGAGACACUCACCAUUCAUUCAUCAUUACUGUCCUGGUGGUUCUGCGAAACAUUUCAUCACAGGUCAUCGUCUCCACCCACAGAAGAAUCAAAUUGGGGUGCAAGCUGAAAUCCAGUUUGGUUUCUAAUGCGCCCUUGUCCACUUCCGAUCAGUUUAGUCCUCUUGGAUACAGUUGCAAUAAUAAAACACUGAGUGUUGGAGGUUUUGGCUAAACGACCCAGUGGUGUCCAGUUUUGUAACAUAACUGAAUGCUAACUAUGUAUUGAUGGUUUCCAUAGAACCAGCCUCUUCCCUCUGGCCAAUUUUACAUGUGGAACUAAGGUGUCAUUAGCUGCAAGUCAGAUGUGCGUAUUCAUCUUCAGUCUGUAUCGUUACCUCAGAAACUAAGCUCCGCCCCCUGAGAUGAAGUGUUGGUCAACUGGCCAAUCAGGAUAGAGAGUUCAGAAUGCCGGGACUCAACCCCAAGGUUUUACUUUCCACCCAGAGCUAACAGUGCAACCUAACCGCCAUCACUUACUACUUUAAGCGCUGUUCAUUGCUAACACGUACACAGUCACCUCAAACAAUGUACCUUCUCUCUCUCUCUCUCUCUCGCACUCUCUCUCUCUCUCUCUCUCUCUCUCUCGCAGUCUCUCUCUCUCUCUGAUGUGCCAUGCUGUAAAUGUUACCCGUAAUGUUUGUGGUGCUCUACAUAACACAUCACACUUCAUUUUAUUUCAUAUGAAACCUCUAAUCUGAACGAGGAUGUAUUGAAACUGCUCUUCUGGUGACAUUGGUGUUAAAUGUUAAUAAAUUAAAAUGGUGUCCCCGU